CUUCAUCCCCUCAGAAGCCCCAUCCCGACCUCUCCCUGACCCCGAUCACCCUUCGCAACCCCGAGCCCCUGUCACUUUAAAAUUUACUGCGAGGAGAAGUCGCUUCCGAGCGGGGGACAGAGGGAAAGACGCUCCUAUGGCGUUACUCCGGCAAAAGAGACGCACUGGGUCCUUCCUCCGAGACGAUGCGUAAAGGAGAAACACCGCACAAAGAGUCCAGGACGCGUAAAGUAGGGGGCGACGCUUGAAAAUCGCCCCCCCCUUGAAUCCUUCCGCUAUCACACAGACGACACAUCCCGACUGGAUGAGGAGGGGGGAGAGGAAGAGAGGAAUGAAAAGUUGAAUGGCUACUAGAGGACACCUGGGCGCGUCAGGACAGGAGGGGUGACACGAGAGGAGCGGACGAGCCGCGCGAGGCGCACAGCGAAAAGUUGAGAGCAAGUUGAUGCACCGGAGGGGAUUUAGUGGCGCGCCGCGAUGUCUGUAGGACAGUGAGGGCAGAGUCGCGGAGUCAGCGGCGCGUGCGAGACAAAAUAGUCGAAGAGGAUUUACUGAUUUACGGGACGGCGAAGCGAGCGCCGUCCGGCCGAGGAGUCGCCUCGUCCUGCGGCGCCGAGACCUGGAGACACCGGCGCUGAAAUAGCAGCAACGAACGGAUCUUGGACGGGUCAGGCCAUGUGAAGUUUUGCGUGGAUGCCAGCAAGCCAAAUAUCGGGAGUUGGCUGAAGUACAUCCAGUUUGCCCCUGCGGCUCAGCAACACAACCUGACAGCGUGCCAGAUCGAUGAUCAGAUCUUCUACAGAGUCAUCAGAGAGAUUGUUCCCGGCGAGGAGCUGCUGCUUUUCAUGAAGGCUGAAGAGUAUUCAUGUGACACCAUGGCUCCUGAUAUUCACGAGGAGAGACAGUACCGCUGUGAGGACUGCGACCAGCACUUUGAGUCCCGCAACCAGCUGCUGGACCACCAGAAGCAGCCGUGUGGGAUGCCCCCCUCCUCGUUUCUGAACCCAGGAGGGGACAGCGACCUAAAGGCCCAGGAACCGCAAGACCUGCGACCUCUGCUUAUGUCCCACGGCCUCCACGAGUGUAAAGAGUGUGACCAGGUGUUCCCUGAUGCCCAGACUCUGGAGGCCCAUGUUCUGUCUCACUCUGAGGAGAGGGAAUAUAAGUGUGACCAGUGUCCCAAGGCCUUCAACUGGAAAUCAAACCUGAUCCGACAUCAGAUGUCGCACGACAGCGGCAAGCACUACGAAUGUGAAAACUGCUCAAAGCAGGUGUUCACAGACCCCAGUAACCUGCAGAGGCACAUCCGCUCACAGCACGUCGGGGCGCGCGCCCACGCCUGCUCUGAGUGUGGCAAGACGUUCGCUACGUCUUCAGGCCUCAAACAGCAUAAGCACAUCCACAGCAGUGUCAAGCCCUUCAUGUGUAAGUCACUAAGACCCUACCUAUGUGAGGUCUGCCACAAGUCCUACACUCAGUUCUCCAACCUGUGUCGCCACAAGCGCAUGCACGCCGACUGCCGCACGCAGAUCAAGUGCAAGGACUGCGGCCAGAUGUUCAGCACCACGUCUUCUCUCAAUAAACACCGGCGCUUCUGUGAGGGGAAGAACCAUUUCACGGCAGGGGGGCUGUUUGCCCAGGGUGUGCCGCUCCCCGGCGCCCCCGGCCUGGACAAGUCCGCUCUGGCGAUGGGGCACAGCAGCGCCGGGCUGGCUGAUUACUUUGGGGCCAGUCGCCACCACGCCGGGCUAACGUUCCCGGCCGCCCCGUCGUUUCCCUUUAGCUUCCCUGGCCUCUUCCCCUCCGGACUGUACCACCGGCCGCCCCUCAUCCCCGCCACCACGUCACCGGCCAGACAGCCAGCUCACGCGCCCGUCACUGCGCCUGGUGCGGAUCUGAGCAAGAGCCCGCUGCUGCCUCCCAGCCCCGGCGCGCAGGAGUCCCGUGAGCUUCUCAAAGCCCUGUGCAAGGAUGGCGGCUCCCCUGGCGGUCAGAUGCCGCACGAGCUCCACCUCCAGGGCUCCUCGUCCUCCACAAAGCAGCGCAACAAGCAGAGCGACCAGUCCGAGAGCAGCGACCUGGAUGACGUCAGCACGCCCAGUGGCAGCGACCUGGAGAGUACGUCGGGCUCUGAGCUGGAGAGCGACAUGGACAGCGAGAGGGAGAGGGUUGCUGCCCGGGAAAACGGCAAAGGUCCCAAGAGGAAGGUGAGCGAGGGCGGCCCCCAGAGCCCCAACCUGACCGGCUGCAGUGCUGUUAAAGACUUUCCAGGCCCAUCCCUCAUCCCGUCCUCGCUGGACGAGCACACGGCCGUAACAGGAGCCGUGAAUGACUCUAUUAAGGCCAUCGCCUCCAUAGCUGAGAAGUACUUUGGUUCCACAGGGCUGGCUGGCCUGCAGGACAAGAAGGUCGGAUCGCUGCCCUAUACCUCCAUGUUCCCGCUGCCUUUCUUCCCGGCUUUCUCUCCUCCUAUUUACCCCUUCCCAGACAGGGACCUCAGACCCCCAGGCCUCAAGGGUGAGCCCCAGUCACCGGCAGAUGACUGCAAGAAGGCUCAGGGAAAGUCUGCAGCCGAGUCACCGUUUGACCUCACGACCAAGCGAAAGGAGGAGAAGUCGCCCGCAUUCACUCCUUCUAAGCCAGAGGCCUCCCUCUCCGGUCAGGAUCAGCCACUGGACCUGAGUCUGGGGACCAGGGGCCGUGGACGCACCCCCAGGGAGGAGGAGACAAAGAAGAGUUUGGGUUAUGAAGAGGGGAAGGGAACCAUGGAGAUCCCCAAAACAGACACCUCCUUACAACAUGCCAGACCCACCCCUUUCUUCAUGGACCCUAUCUACAGCAGGGUUGAGAAGAGGAGAAUGAGCGAUCCGUUUGAGACGCUGAAAGACAAAUACAUGCGGCCGGCUCCAGGCUUCCUCUUCCAUCCACAGUUUCGUUUGCCAGAUCAGAGAACUUGGAUGUCGGCCAUCGAGAACAUGGCGGAGAAGCUGGAGUCGUUUGGGUCUCUGAAGCCGGAGUCUGGCGACCUGCUGCGCGCUGUCCCCUCCAUGUUCGAUUUCCGAGCCCCCCCCUCUGGGCUUCCAGAGACGCUGCUGCGCAAGGGCAAGGAGCGCUACACAUGCAGAUAUUGUGGGAAAAUAUUCCCACGCUCUGCCAACCUGACCCGCCACCUCAGGACUCAUACAGGAGAGCAACCAUAUAGGUGUAAAUACUGUGACCGCUCCUUCAGCAUUUCCUCCAACCUGCAGCGCCACAUUCGCAACAUCCACAACAAGGAGAAGCCCUUCAAGUGCCACCUGUGCGACCGCUGCUUUGGUCAGCAGACCAACCUGGACCGUCACCUCAAGAAGCACGAGAACGGCAACCUGUCAGGGACAGCAAUGUCGUCCCCACAGUCUGAACUGGACAGUGGCAGCGCCAUCCUGGACGACAAAGAAGACUCCUACUUCAACGAAAUAAGGAACUUCAUUGGCAACACGGGCCAGAAUCAUACUUCCCCGGCCCCGUCUGAGGAAGGGUUGAACGGCGGUCCGUUCGGGGAGGAGAAGCCACUGACGAGCAGCCGCGGGACACGGGCCCUGGAGGACGAGGAGGCAGAGCAGCUCGGUGCUGAUGAGGACGAAGCGGAAGACCCCAGCAGCACCUCUGGGAAACCAGACGGCGAGGAGCUUCCCGGCAACCUCAGCGACGACAUUAUACAGGAGGAAAUGGAUUUCACUGGCCCAAACGACUUGAACCUCAACUGCAAAACCUCUCCUAGAAGGUAUAAGGAGGAGGAGGAGCAGAGCGGCUACUCAGCCUUGGAUCACAUUCGUCACUUCUCAGAUAUUCGCAAGCUGGAGGAGAGUGAGCUGAGCGAGGGAGAUGGGGAUGAGGAUGAUGCAUCCUUCGGCUCCCCCUCCCUGUCUGACACAGUCAAACAGCCACUUUUUAGGAAAUCCAAGUCUCAGGCGUAUGCCAUGAUGCUGUCCCUGGCUGAAAAAGACUCUCUCCACCCAGCCAACCACACCCCGGCCACCAUUUGGCACAGUCUCGCACGGGCCGCUGCUGAAUCCAGUGCCAUCCAGUCCCUCAGCCAUGUAUGAUGACGUUCAUUUGCGUGUCCCCGUUCACCUUUUAACCCCCCGACCCUGACCUACGGCACUGGGAGCCCAUCACACAGUGGCUGUCUGCGAGGCCCUCGAUUGUCCACAAAGUGACUGCUGAGCGGAACCACGUCCCAUCCGACUGCUGAGCGGGAGCCACUUACACGUUGAGCAGGGUUACGGUCCACGCAGCCCCCAACGCAGCCCGAGAAAACCUCCAACACUUACAAAGAAAAUGUCCCUCUGAGACCUUAAAAUUGAUUUCUUACAUUAACACCAACCAGGAUGUGGUGAAAAUAAUAAAGCUGAAGUAAUAAUAACUGUAUUUAUUCUGCUGAAUUUCUAUGUUUUGCACAGCGAAGGCAGCUGGUGGACAUGGAAGAUGGAUGUGUGGAUGUAUCGAUGCUAGACAUUUAUUGCCCGGCAUAUACAAAGCAAGGAGACCAUUCCGCAGUGAGAGGAUGAGGUUGGCUUUGUCUCUAAGACAGCCAGAUUCAGUCACGUGUGCAUAGAGCAUGAGAGUCCUCUCGUCCCACAAAAAGUAUCUGUAAAAUGUAUUGCAAGAAUCCCCUCUAACCCCCAGAGAUCCACAGGUGUUUCUCAUAAAGACGUGUACGUGAUGAUAAAAAUGAAGGGUGGAGUUGGCAGCCGAGGAUCCAAAUGAGAGCCGCUCCAUGUAAGAACAGCGCUAGAAGCGCUUUAAUAUCACUGAAGUCACCGAAGAACAAAUCAUAAAAAGUAAUUGUUGAACUCAAAUCAGGCCAGUUUUCCAUCUGCGUUUCCAUAGUUGCGUGUGUCUGCACAAUCACAGUACUGUACACUGUACAAGUGUCUACCAACUGUUGUCCAUCCUGCCCGUCUGCGCUAUCUCUGAAAGGAUAUAAAUAGAUCGUCUUUUUAGUGGAAGAGAAGAAAAACCUUUUUUUACUGAGAUAAGUAGCCAGUGCUGAAGUUAAUUGUUGUUCUGUAAAGGGCAUUUGUCUUUUUCAAAAGCCUUGACUCCAUCCUAGUCGGCCAACAGUACCACUAAAUAGCCUGAUUGCUAGUUGUUAGCUACUCCAUGCUUGUGUGUCUUUCAUUUUUAGACAAUCAUGAUUUUGUUUUCUUAUUUGUUGGUGUCGUUGUUGUUAUUUGCUGUUGUAUGUUGAGAACUGUAUUUAUUUCUUGGCAAACUGUAGUUUGUUUACUGAAUAGCACUGCUCUUAGCCCGAGUGAUGGGGAGAUUCCUCACUGGGCCUAUCCCAGAGUUUAACGGGGUGUGUAGAUUACAUUUGAGUGCCGGAUAGUAUUAAACAUACAAUUCACUCCUUAUUCUUCUAAUGAAACCGGUUGAUGAAUAGAUAUUACUUAGGGUUUUUUUUUUCUAUGAUGAUUUAAUGAUCCAAUUGUAAAAAAUGAAAAACAUUAUAAAGGAUGAAAAAUGAAAAGCCAGGUAUAAUUUCUUCAUAAGCGCAUGAUUGGUCUGGUAAGAUCUGUAUCUGACAUUUUCUACGGUUGUCUGCAAGCUUGUGUAACGUUCGGUUCAUGUUAAUCCCUUGUGCCAAACUUAUGAUAAAUAACAGAUUACUUUCAUUUAUUCUCCCAUUUUGAGGGACCAGAAUUUUCUGUUUAUUUUUGCCGUUGUUUUGUUUAUAAUCGAUUUUGAAAAGUAAUCAGCGAGUUGAGGUACUUUGUUUUAAUGCUUUCUACAAUGUAACUGUUAUGCAUUUCAAUUCAAUACUGUGGGAGGAACAACUAAGAAAUAAAGGACUACAAUGUG